CGAACGCACGCACACGAGGCGAACAAAAAAAAGGUUUACGAAGGGCCACGACAAAGCAAGGAGAGGAAACGCAGCGCAAAAUAGCCCCCUGCCCCGCCUGAAUCGCGCUCCGAAUCGGAUCGCGUGCGCGCGCGCGAAGGGGGAGGGAGGAGGGAGAAAUGCCGCCGGCCCCGGCCGCGCUGCUCCUCGCGGCGCCCGCGGGGCUGCCGCUGGGCCUGGCGCCCUGGCGGCCGUGCCUGCGGGCCCCGCCGCCCAGGCUGCGGCUCCGGCUGCGUGCCGCGAGGAUCCGCGCGGCGGCGACCGUCAACGGCGAGUUCGGCGGGCUCGGCAGGCGCCGCCUCGACGCCGGCGAGUUCAUCGGGCGGCUGCGGAACGUGCUGCCGGGGGGCAGCUGGUGGCGCCUCGAGGACGAGGACGCGGGCGGGGCCGGCCGCGCCGAGGCCAGCGGGGCCACGGCCGCCUCCGCGCUCAGCCGGAUGUGGGCCCUCGUAUCCAACGACCGAUGGGUCAUCUUCGCCGGCUUCGCGUCGCUCGUCUGCGCCGCGCUCGCGGAGAUCGCUAUCCCCCAUCUGCUCGCGGCCUCCAUCUUCUCCGCGCAGAAUGGAGGGGCCGUCUUCUACCGGAACGCCAAGCUUCUGGUUGUUCUGUGUAUGAUUUCCGGAGUGUUUAGUGGUGUGCGAAGCUGCUGUUUUGGUAUUGCCAACAUGAUAUUGGUUAAACGAAUGAGAGAAAUGCUGUUUGAUUCCAUCCUUUCUCAGGAUAUUGCGUUUUUCGAUGAAGAAACUGUCGGAGAUUUGACAAGUAGGCUUGGUUCUGACUGCCAGCAAGUGUCUAGAGUUAUUGGCAAUGAUCUUAAUUUGAUUUCACGCAAUUUGCUUCAGGGUAUAGGAGCACUGAUUUAUCUUCUAAUCUUAUCAUGGCCUCUUGGACUGUGCACUAUGCUUACUUGUGGGACAUUGUCGACAAUUAUGCUAGUUCAUGGACGGUAUCAGAAAAAGGCCUCUAAAUUUGCACAAGAGUUCACUGCAAGUGCCAAUAAUGUUGCUCAAGAAGCGAUAAGUUUGGUUAGAACAGUGCGAGUGUAUGGGACGGAAAAGCAAGAGUUCAAAAGGUAUGCGAAGUGGCUGGAUAAGCUGUAUGAUGUGAGCUUUCGACAGACGAUGGCUUAUGGAGGCUGGAGCUUGAGCUUGAAUUAUCUGUACCAUUCUACUCAGGUUGUUGCUGUUUUGAUUGGAGGAAUAGCAAUCAUGAAUGGGAAGUUCACUGCCGAGCAACUGACAAAAUUCACACUGUACGCCGAGUGGCUGAUUUUGUCUACCUGGUGGAUUGGAGACAAUUGGUCCUCCCUGAUGCAGUCUGUUGGAGCAAGUGAAAAAGUCUUCCGGUUGAUGGAUCUCUUGCCUAGCAGGCAGCUUACCUCUAAAGGCCUCAGGUUACAGAAGCUGGAAGGACGAAUUCAAUAUGCAGAUGUAGAAUUUUCAUAUCCUUCAAGACCUUCAGCACCAAUUUUGAGAAGACUGAAUCUAACACUCAAUCCAAAUGAAGUAGUUGCAAUUGUUGGUCUUAGUGGAAGUGGCAAGAGUACUAUAGUUAACCUACUACUUCAACUAUAUGAACCUACAAAUGGGCAAAUAUUAAUAGAUGGUGUCCCACUCAGCGAACUUGACACCAGAUGGUUCAGGGAAAGAAUUGGUUUUGUGGGACAGGAGCCUAAGCUAUUCCGGAUGGAUGUUAGUUCUAAUAUUAAGUAUGGCUGCCCAAGAGAAGUUAGCCAGGAAGAAGUUGAGUGGGCUGCAAAACAGGCUUAUGCUCACGAUUUCUUAAUGGCUCUUCCUGAUGGUUAUAACACCAUUGUCGACGAUGCUCUUCUUAGUGGAGGCCAAAAGCAACGCGUCGCUAUUGCAAGGGCCCUUCUGAGGGACCCGGCCAUCUUAGUACUCGACGAAGCCACUAGUGCACUUGAUGCCGAGAGUGAACAUUAUGUGAAGAGUGUCAUCACAGAAGUUAGCACUGAUCCUAAGGCUCGAAGAACCGUGAUUAUCAUAGCUCACAGGCUGUCUACGAUUCAAGCGGCUGACAGAAUCAUUGUGAUGGAAAAUGGCAGUAUUGUGGAGGACGGAAAGCACAGCGACCUUGUCAAGCAGGAUGGAUUGUAUUCAAGAUUAGCGCAGCGACAAAAUGAUGCUCUCCCGUAGCCUGAAAUCACAGAAGGUGGUUUAGUCCACGCCGUAUUUUUUCCAAGUGGAGCAGCAGGUGAGGGAGGCGUCUGUCAUCGGUGUAUUCUUUACGAGUGACCACGGCCUGGUUGGUCAAAUAAUUGAGGUUUCCUCAAAGUACCGGGUGCAAAUGAUCCACAGAUGCCUACUAACCAAGCUAAGUUAAAACGGUUUCUGCCGCAAAAAAUAUAAGAUAGACAGUAUCCGGACGGGUGUAUAUGGAGGUUUAAGGAAAUUGAGUAGUUCAUACAUGAUUCAUUUAGUUACACAAUGUCAGAUGCAACCUGUAACUAUAUAUAAAUAUAUAUAUAGGCACUCUGGACCUCAGACCAUCAGAAUCUUGUAAUUAACUGGUGUGAACAUUUACUUGGAUUUUGAUAGAAACUUGUAUAUUCAAAGUACCAAGAUCUAUGUGAUAUUGAAGAUGGGAUUUCUCUGCUU